AUGGUCGAAAAAGAAUCAUCAUCAUCAUUAUCAUCAUCGAAAAUGAUGAUUUUUUUAAUUUUUUGUUUUAUUUGCGGAAUACAAUGUGCUUCAGAGCAAGUACAAUCGGCGAAUUCUCAAUCUCCGCCGAUUUUACGCUACGAAGCUCCAGACGAUUGUCAAUGGUGGAUACGAGAGGGUCCUGACGAAGUUGCGCUCAUAUGUCGUCUGCAAACGAUCAACAGCGAAUUCGAAAGCACGAAUUUUAGCGUCAUACCAUCCGAGCACACGACAUCGUUGAGAAUACAGUGCAACAUGGAAUUAUUUUCAAAGAGUUCUUUGGACGAUCGAAGUUUCGCACAUUUAACGAAAUUACGCGAACUCGUUUUAGAUCAUUGCAAAUUGGCCAAAUGGCCAUCGGGAACUCUCAUAGGUUUGGGAGAUUUGAGAAAUUUAUCCGUGAGAACUCACAACACGGAUUGGCCGGAAUUAAGCAUGGAAAUAUCGCCGGAAAGUUUUCUUACCGUCCGACAAUUGGAACGUCUCGAUUUGAGUUUCAACAACAUUUGGUCGUUUCCCGAAAGCAUAUUUUGCCCCCUGACCAAUUUAGUUACCUUGAACGUGAGUCAAAAUCGUUUGCAAGACGUCGGAGAUUUGGGUUUUAGAGAAAAACCGCCACCCCCUCAAAGUCUGAUAAGUUCUCGGGACGAUAUUAACGAUGGGGAUUCCGUACCCACCGGAGGCAUAGCUCCCUGCACUUUGGAUAUUCAAGUUUUGGACGUGUCUUGGAAUCAUUUCGUUUUAAUACCGAGCAGCGGUUUCAGUGCUUUGCGUCGUUUAAAAGAACUUUACAUACACGAUAACGAGAUAACAAUGGUCGCGGAAAAAGCUUUGGCGGGUUUGAAAAAUUUAGAAAUAUUAGAUUUAUCGAAUAAUAAAAUAGUCGCUCUCCCACCGGAGCUUUUUCAAGAUGCCGCAGAAGGAAUCAAAGAAAUUUAUUUACAAAAUAAUUCAAUUAGCAUUUUGGCAUCCGGUUUAUUUUCAAAUUUGAAACAUCUUUUGGCGUUGGAUUUGUCGAAAAAUCAUUUAACAAGCGUUUGGAUAACUCCGCUCACCUUUUCCGGCCUUAUCCGACUCGUUUUGCUCAAUCUCGGAUACAACAACAUUUCAAAACUCGAUCCUUAUUUGUUUAACGAUUUAUACACUUUGCAAAUAUUGAACUUGGAACACAAUUUAAUCGAAACCCUUCCCCUGGGCACUUUUGCCCCAAUGAAAAAUCUCCACACUCUGAUACUUUCCUACAAUAAAAUACGUUCUCUCGACGCGUUUUCCCUAAACAAUCUAUACGUAUUGAGUUUACUUUCUUUGGACAACAAUCUCAUUGAAAACAUACACGUGGACGCUUUUAGAAAUCUAAGCAGUUUACAAGAUUUAAAUUUAAACGGAAACGGAUUGACGGCCGUUCCGGCGGCACUUCAAAACAUGAGACUCCUCCGCACCGUCGACCUGGGAGAAAAUUCCAUUAGUAACAUCGUCGAACCCGGUUUUGCCGGAAUGAAUAAUUUGUACGGAUUAAGACUGAUCGGAAAUCAAUUGACUAACAUAACGAAGAAAUCAUUUUCGAAUUUACCCGAGCUUCAAAUUCUCAACUUGGCUCGUAAUAAAAUAAAAAGAGUCGAAAAAGGAGCGUUCAACGAUAAUUUACACUUGCAAGCCAUACGUCUCGAUGCGAAUCUUUUAACCGACAUUGACGAUCUUUUCGUCGGAAUACAAAAUCUUCUGUGGUUGAACAUAUCGGAUAACAAAUUGGAAAGUUUCGAUUAUUCUCUGGUGCCGAGAACAUUACAAUGGUUGGAUUUGCAUAAAAAUUUCAUAAAAGAAUUGGGAAAUCAUUAUUCAGUCGAUGGAAAGCUCAAAAUACAAACGCUCGACGCGAGUUUUAAUAAAUUGACGACAAUAACGGCCGCAUCGAUACCUAACAGCGUUGAAUUAUUGUUUUUAAACGACAAUUUAAUUAAACACGUUGAACCUCACACGUUUUUGAAAAAAGUAAAUUUGACUCGAGUCGAUCUUUAUGCUAAUCAAAUAGUCAGCAUGGAAUUGAACGCUUUGAGACUGACGCCGGUCGAUCCGGAACGUGCGCUUCCUGAAUUUUAUGUCGGAGGAAAUCCCUUUCAAUGCGAUUGCACCAUGGAAUGGUUGCAAAGAAUUAAUAAUUUGGAUCAUCUGAGGCAACAUCCGAGAGUCAUGGAUUUAGAGGGAAUUUACUGCAAGCUUUUAUAUAACCGUGAUAAAAUGUACGUGUCCCUCGUCGACGUGGAAUCAUCCCAAUUUUUAUGCCCCUAUAAAUUUCACUGUUUCACUCUCUGCCACUGUUGCGAUUUCGAUGCGUGCGAUUGCAAGAUGACGUGUCCUUCGAAUUGCACGUGCUAUCACGAUCAAUCGUGGUCGUCCAACAUCGUCGAAUGUUCCGCUGCCGGAUACACAAACAUGCCGGAUAGGAUUCCGAUGGAUGCGACCGAGGUUUACAUAGACGGUAACAAUUUGGUAGAACUCUCGAGUCACGCUUUCAUCGGUAGGAAAAAUCUUAGGGUUUUAUACGCGAAUAAUUCAAACAUAGCCGCAAUAUACAAUCACACUUUCAGCGGAUUGAAAAGGUUGGCAGUUCUCCAUUUGGAAAACAAUGCCAUCAAAGAACUUUCCGGUUUCGAAUUUACCAGUUUAGAAAAUUUAAAAGAGCUUUACUUACAAGGUAACGAAAUACAUUAUAUAAACAAUAGAACAUUUUCCGAAUUAAAACAAGUUCAAGUUAUUCGUUUAGAUAGUAACAAAUUGAGGACUUUUCAGGUAUGGGAUUUCACGUAUAAUCCCUAUCUCGUAGAAAUAGCAUUAUCCGAUAAUCAGUGGUCGUGUAAUUGCCAAUAUUUGCAACAGUUUAGAAAUUGGCUCCAACCAAAUUACGCCAAAGUCGUAGACGCGAAUAAAAUAAUAUGCAUAUUUAAUAAUGUGACUAACUUAUUAGGUCCUCCGGUGGCGGAUUUUAAUUCGACCACGUGUUCUGCUUACACGGGAGACAGCAGAGCCGUCAUAGAAAAUCCCGUCAUACACGAUUAUCUUCCAUUGCUCCUCGCGACCCUUUGUACAUUUUUAGUUUCAAUAACGAUCGUGUGCAGUGUGUUUUAUUUUAGAAGAGAAUUGAGAGUGUGGAUAUAUUCUAAAUGUGGUUUGAGAAUGUGCUAUAAAACAACCGCCUUCGAAGAAGAACAAGAUCGGGAUCGUUUGUUCGACGCAUAUGUCAGUUACAGUGUGAAAGAUGAAAGUUUCGUGAAUCAAGUUUUGGCUCCGGGUUUAGAGCAAACGGAUCCCAGGUACAGGCUGUGCCUCCACUAUCGGGAUUUUAACGUGACCGCGUACAUAGCCGACACGAUAAUAGAAGCGGUCGAAUCGUCAAAGAGAACCAUUGUUAUUUUAUCGAAAAAUUUCCUUCACUCGGAGUGGUGUCGAUUCGAAUUUAAAUCCGCGUUGCACGAAGUGUUGAAAGAUAGAAGAAGACGGUUAAUUGUGAUUACGUUAGGUGAAGUACCCCAAAGAGAUUUGGAUCCGGAUUUGAGGUUGUACCUCAAAACGAAUACAUGCAUAGAAUGGGGGGAUAGGCUGUUCUGGCAGAAGCUCAAAUUUGCCAUGCCGGACGCGAGGAGAAACAAUUGUACGUCUUCUAGACACGUAAGACCCCACGUUAACGUUAAUUUAUAUUCUACGGCAUCGACGCCCAAUUCUUACGAUCAUCGAUCGUCGUCCGGUCAGAGGCCCUCGGGUAAACUUUUGCCGCCUCCUUUGAUACAUCACCAAAACAACCUUCAAAAUGCUGCUAACCAACAGCAAAAUUGUAGAUUACCGCAACCCCUGUGGGCGUAG